ACCUUAUCAAACCCUUUCUCACAUCAAAUCCACCCUCUCUCUCUCUCUCUCUCUCUCUCUCUCUCUCUCGUAUAAACCCUAGAUUUGACAUGGAGGCCAUCGACGGAGGAAGAAGUUCAACCCUGGUCAUGCACAAACAUUCAAGAACAAUUUCGAAAUCGAAGCCCAAAAUACGAAUAAUUCACAUAUUUGCUCCAGAGAUCAUCAAGACCGACGUCGCCAACUUCCGGGAACUCGUCCAAAGACUCACCGGAAAGCCAGACGACUCCGACAACCAUCGCCAUCUCCAAGAUCAUCAAAAGGGUCGUCCAAGGGAAAACCCUAGAGAUCAUCGUCGUCGUCAUCGAGUCCACGACAUGAACAAAAAUCUCUCCUUCACCGCCAAGAAAACAGGCUUCGAACUCGCGUUUCGCGCGAACGCAGGAGUAGAAGACGAAGGAUGGAAUGGUGAUGGGGAGAGCUCGGGAGGGUUCUUGAACGGCUUGGGAGAUUUGGACGGCAUCAUUCAAGAACUGGGUGAAUUUCCCUUUUUACCCCUGGCCAUGGAUCAUGCAGCAGCUUCUUCUGCUUCAUCUUCUUCAUCUUCUUCCCAGACCCUCGGCAAUCUGCAUGAUUGGAAUUAGCUUUUCCUUUUUUUUUUGUUUCUCGGAGGCCAGUUAAUUUUUUUGGUUGGAUGGUUUGACCUUAUUGGCUAAUUGAUCUCGUUUGUGUUAAAUACAUGUAUAAACUAAUUUGUUUCUACUUCUCUUUGCAAUUAUUUUGGAUGAAA